GAAGAAGCGAGUCCACCUCCACGAUCAUUCGUGCGCGCGCAUCGGGCAAAGACAACGCGCGUUCGAAAUCGAAUUUCAAAAAAUGGAAUCGUGAAUUCGAUACGAUGGCCAGUGCCCGGACUUUUUAUUUUUAAAUCUUAUAAUUAGUUUAGAUUACCAGCCAGUUUUAUUUUUAAAGACAGUAGUGUUUUUUUUUUUUUUGGCGUGUUCGUUUGAAGUUUUGAAUUUCAGUUAGCGAGUUCCUGUAAAUUGGACUCGUGUUUGUUUUAAUCGAAAGUGACUGGACUGUGACAUUUGAAAACGAUAGUAAUUGUAAAGUGAAAUUCGUUGACACUGAAAAUUUAAUUUACAAUAGAUUGUGAAAAGUGCUUGUGGGAUUUUUUUAACGUCUCCGUUUUUGGUUUGCUGAAGUAACGCCAAAGAUACCAAGAUGAACCAAAAGUGCAAAGUGUGCGGGGAGCCCGCGGCGGGAUUUCAUUUCGGCGCAUUUACAUGUGAAGGAUGCAAGUCAUUCUUCGGGCGGUCGUACAACAACCUGAACUCCAUAACCGAAUGCAAAAACAACGGAGAAUGCGUCAUCAACAAGAAAAACAGGACGGCGUGCAAAGCGUGUCGACUGCGCAAGUGUCUCAUGGUGGGGAUGUCGAAGUCCGGCUCAAGAUACGGCCGAAGGUCAAACUGGUUCAAAAUCCAUUGUCUUUUACAAGAACAGCAGCAAGCCGCUCAAUCUCGAUCACCCCCAAGAGUACCCCCCUCGCCGCAUCACUUGGCUCCCCCUUUCCCGCCUCAUCUCUUCCCUGGAUUAGCCAGACCUAGGACGAAAGAAGAACUAGCCUUAUUAGGCCUCGAUGAAUACAAAGCACCCUGCUCCGGGUCACCUGAUUCACACCGCAGCGGAUCGUCUCCGAAAUUAGACGAAAAGACAAGACUCACUCAGUCGCGACCGCCUGAUCGACCCUUAACGCCGCCUAGAGAUACCUUCGUCCCACUGCCUUUAGCCAACAUAUCCUUGCCUCACUUCCCCCACUCGCCGUUCUUACCACCGCCUCCAUUCAGCCCGUUCGCUGCUAAUCAUCCUCUACUAUUCCCUCCUGGAUUCCACCCAAUAUACUCAAGACAUCUGCUCGACCAUGCAGCGCUGCGACAAGCAGCAGAAAACAACAACGACGUCAGAAUCGACGAUCACAAUGCUGAUUCUUCGAAGCGAUUUUUCUUAGAUGAGAUUUUAAAGCAACAGAGAUCUACUCAGCCGACGCCGCAAGAUGAUACAUUCUCUGAAGCUGAAUUUGUUCCCACUCCUCCAGCGGAGAGGAGAACGUCUGAGUCGCCAUUGCAGGAGAAUCCUAUGGACUUGUCAGUCAAAUCUGAUGGUCGGUCGAGUUCAGCACGAAGGAGGUCAGACGAUAGCGAAGUAAUAGCCCCAGAUAAUGAAGAUGGAGAAUCGGUGAGCGGUGCCGCGUCCGCAAGUGAAGAAGAAGAUGUAUCUUACUCGCAGAUAAAGAGGAUCAAACUCCAUCCUUUAGACCUCACGACCAAAGUUUGACGUCAGCGAACGUCCCUAGUUCCGGUAUAAAAAGAACUUUAAGUACUCCAAACGUCAGUGAAUAUAUAAAGGCCAGUAAAUCGGAUUGUGAUUUUAAAAAUAAGUAGACAGGAGACAUUCCGAACAUUGUUUUGUGAGUUGUUAUCGCUUGAAUAAAGAGUCUAUCCAAAUACGUAAAUUAAGUUCUAGAUAAAUGUUAUUGGUAUAGCCAGCCCGGUAUCGGUUAUGUACAAAAUGAGUGUAAAUAAAUAAAUUAUUUCGUGUAGAUUAAGUUUAGGUUAAUAUUAGUUAGUGGUUUUUCAAAAUGGAGCCAGCCGGGUGUUGCAACAUUCCAUUUCGUCGAAAUAGCUAUAUUUUUGUAUAAUUUUGAAGAUAAUUUAUUCAAUUAGCAGAAUUUGAUUAUGUGUUUGACGAGUUGACGUUCGAGUGCGGAUGGACCUUGUGUCCCUUCUGGCGUAUUAUUUACUUCUCUUAGGUUUAUGUUAAUUGCUACUUGGAUUUCCUCUUGUACAUCCCAAUAUUGUACUGAAAUACUCUAAAGAUUGUAAGCAUUAUAGUGCCUUAAUUACAUGCUCGUCAAACCUGGACAAACCUCAUCGUUCAUUGUUAAGUUUGUGAGCUAUAUUUUAACACAAAACAAAGCUAAGUUUAGCAAGCAUGUAAACUAGGCUUUACGUUCUGUCUCGUUGUGACGUUAUUUUUUUCUAGUUAAUAAUAAAAACGUCUGUACUGAAUUUGUGCCAGACUGCUAAAAACUGCGGUUUCCAUAUUUUCAAGGUUUUUAACCGUAUAGCCGAUUGUUUGUGUAGUUGUUUAAAAAAUGGCUCUUCUUUUUUAAAGUCACCUUGGUUUCCGAAUAUCGGGCGUAUGCUUCAACGAGAAAGAUCAAGUUAUAUACAUUCCUAUGAAAUUGCUCAAAUAUUUCAGUGUCGUUGUAUCGAUGUACUCAUUGUAGGGAAUUUAGUCACGCUCACAUACAUACUCAGCUGUAAUACUUGUGGUCUACGUUUUUGUAUAUAAUGUGUAUUAGUUAUCGUUUUGAAUUUAAAUGUUUGUUGUGAAUGCAUUCCACGAAGAGAUACAAAAUAAACUAUUCAUGCACUCGA